CCUGAAACCUCUCGCGCCCCCAUCAUCAGCUGAUGGGAUGGUUGAUGGCGAUGACGUCACUCGUGUAACCGCCAGGAGUCCAUUACUAGCUCGACAGUUUGAGACGUAACGUUGCUGCUCGUCUGACCAAACAAGCCGUUAGCUUCUGCUAUCAAAACAAGUUUUACAGAUCAUCCCUUUCUUUAAAGAAAGAAUGGCGUUUGUUAAAUGCGGAUGGCUUCACCGCCAGAGCACCAUCUUGCGUCGCUGGAAGAAAAACUGGUUUGACCUUUGGUCAGAUGGCCGUCUAAUUUUCUAUGAUGACCAACAACGGCGUGACAUGGAGGAUGAGAUCCAUAUGAGGGUGGACUGCAUUAACAUUCGCAAUGCCGAUGCUUGUCGAGAUCUGACGCCUCCUGAGGGAAAAGGGAGAGAAGCCCUUCUUCAAAUUGUGUGCCGUGAUGGACGCGUUAUUAGCCUCUGUGCAGACAGUGCAGAUGAUGCCCUGGCCUGGACUGUGGCCCUUCAAGAUGCCAGAAUCAACACAGUGGUUGCACCUCCUCAGUUUGGUUUUACCCAGGACGUUAUUGCCUCGGCUCCUCCUACUUAUGCAGAAUUAAACCCUACUCCUCAGGUAUACUACCCGGACCAGUAUGGUGGUUAUGUCCCUUAUCCUCCUCCCCCUUAUGUCCCUAAUCCUGUGUACUCUGCAGGAGUGUCCCCUGCACAUGAAGUUAACCAUGUGAUCAUUGAGGAGCGCCGGCGUAACGAUGCAGGAGGUAUCGCUCUAGGUGUGCUAACUGGUGCUGCAACUGGAUUGGCUAUCGGUUCCCUCUUUUCUGUAUUUUAAUAUUCAAUCAGUCCCAACAGAGGAUGGACUAGUCUUUUGCUACUACUCUUAUCUUUGCUGCACCCCCAUGCUGUAUGUAAUUGUUAGAUCUACUAGACCGUAACUGUCUAACAGAUCACAAGCGCGUCCCCAGCACAGCUUCCUCAACACGUUAGACUGUAUGAACCAAACCCUCAUGGUAGCAUUCAUAGCUUGGUGUUGGUGAGUUUAUGUCACCUGUACAUUGUGAAAUAAAAUGAAGUGGUUGUGAACUGAGAGAGUACUGAACGGGCGUUAGGGUGGCUGCAAUGAAAAUUGCUGUCAUCUGCUUAGAUUGCUUUGUAGGCUAUACACAGUGAAAUGAAAUAUGACUGGUGAUUCCUUUUCAUUAUGAUGGCUUAAAAAGUUUGUAUACCAUUGUAUUAUUAUUUUUUUUUCCCUCCCUAAGUCCUUGGGAUGUUUGAUCAGACUGGUCAAAAAUUAGAUGACAAUUGCUUGAAGGUUAAGACUAACUCUAGGUUUGCCAUGAAUGAUCAAUUGAUGAUUCCUGAAACCACAAAGCGAUCAGUGUGUGGAAACCAUUAAUCUUUAUUUCGGCACAGGUCAGUGGUGGCCUUAUUUUGGAUGCUUUAAGACAUGCACAUACUUCCAUUGUGGCCUUACAAGGAGACCUAGAAAUCGAGACAUGAUGCUAUAAAUGCUGAAAUAUGUUGAGAUUUUUAUCAAGCUAAAAAAAAGUCCUUUAACCAGUUGCAGUGGUGAAUUAAAAAAAUCAUGGAAUGGACAUGACCCAGUAUUUUGUGUUGAAUUAGGUUGGAGGGUAAAUGCAGUCUGUAUACUCGGUUAUCUGUUAACACAAACAGUAACUCAUUAAUUCAUCGUGUUUUAGAUAAUUACUAUGCCUUACACCAAAUAAAGUGAUUACAUAGCAGUAUCCUUUCCUUAUGAACUGAUAAACACUGCCACCACAGUCAGAAAAUACACCCGUUCAAGCUCCACACCAGAAUCCACAAAUUCCAUAGGAGCAAUGAUGUUUAAUAUAUUUUAGAAUAUCAGAGAAGCACUCCAGGUUUGCACUGGUGUUAGAGCUUUUUCUUUUUCUGGCUUUAGCUUUACUCUCCAGUGUGAUUAUCAGUGUACUCUACACUUCUAAAGUUUUCAUUCUGAAGAACUUGAAAAGCCGUUAAUAAUCAUACUAGAAUUUAUGAUAUUUGUCUCUUUUAUGGAAAAUAAUUGUUAAAACAGCUACUUUCAGUUCGAGUGUUAUUUAUUUGGUUUGUAUUUGUGGAAAAUGUCUUUUAAUGCCUUUUUGUGUUUCUACAUUAUUUAUUUUUAUUAAUUGUUUGGUGAAGAAAUCUGAAUGAAGCAGCACCUAUUAACACACAACACAAAAUGGGUGAAAAUAUGCUCUUUGAGUAAUAUCCAAGGAAUUUGACCUCUCAAAAUAAAGCUCAUGGCGUACACAGGGCAUUGGGUUUUUACAUUUUCUUGUAGUCAGUUUUCCAUUAGAUAAACUGUAGCAUCAAUUAUGGUCUAUGUUAGACCAUAUUAGUCUUUGACUACAUUUAACGUCUGAACUUGAACGCUAUACUUUUUGUUUACAUUUGUUACAUACUGUAUGUUUAAUUGGGUGUAAAUUGAGGUCAUUAUUUUUAAUAAAAUUCCUUUCAAAAUUUUAGCACAUUUUGAUUGUUACAGAUAUUGAACCAAUACCAAAACAUAUAGAUCUAAUUAUUUUUGAGGAUCCUUUUUUUGUUGUUGUCGUUUUAUAUGUACGUAACUUUUAUUCUCUUACUUUUUGUCCAAUAUUAUACCUGCACAUACACUAUUUGUUGCUAAACCAAUUUGCCUUUCUGUGUUAUACUAUCAUGAAUUUAAUUAAAGCAAGUGACAACUGA